UUACGUGAACCGUGAUUAGUGAAAUUUCAGUAGCGCUCAACUAUUAUACACUGUCAUAGAUCCUGUUCAUAGAAAAAAUUAAACUCGCAGUUUAUAAUACUUUGUUACAUAAAUUACAUAAUUCCCAGUGAAGAAUCAUAAGAUAUAUCAGACCGAAUCAUGUGUAAAACGAAGCUCAUCACACAGGUUUUGGAUGCUGUCAUCAACAGACCAAAUUUCGGGCAAUGUAUGAAAAAAAUAAAAAUUGUGUCAGCUGGAAAUGGGAAUUGUAAAGCGGAAUUCGUUGUUUCCGAUGAACAUUUAAAUGUAGGUGGUAUUAUGCACGGGGGCUUUACGAGUACUGUUAUCGAUUGCAUUUCUACGUACGCUGUGAUGACUACAGGGAACAACGUACCGGGAGUUUCAGUAGAUUUAAAUGUCACAUUCAUGAAACCUGGCCUUCCUGGCGACUUGGUGACAGUCGACGCUAGAACCAUACGUACUGGGAAAACCUUGGCUUUCCUCGCAGUAGAUGUCACAAAAAACAAUGGGGAAGACAUAAUUGCUCAUGGGAGGCAUACCAAAUUCGUUGGAACAAAGUAGUGCAUACAUUGUUAUAUAUUGCGAAUGCUUAGUAUGUGUGGAACACUUUAGAUAGUACAAUAAUGCAAUAUAUUAUAAAACCGGAAUAUGCUAUAGUACUAUUGUUUUUUUAAAUGUAUAUAACAUAUGUAUACAGAGUUUGAAUUUGAGUAAAUACAAUUUUUUGUGAACACUUGUAUAUUAAUUAUUCCUUACGUAUUGCUCUAUUUUCGAUUACUUUUAAAUCUAGUUUCGUUUGA